CUUCUCUCUCAAGUGUCCCACCCUGGAGAAGUACUGCCCAUGUCCAAGGAGCAGACAGUCAACACGGGUCUCCACCAGCGGAGAGAGAAUGCUGGCCCCUUGUCCCGUAUAGAAACAGAUCCUGCCCACCACUUGACCGGCCCGUUUCUGACCCAAACCCCCCUCGGCGGCAACACUCCCUCCUCAGGUGGUUCACCAGUUUCUACCAAUGGCAAUGGAUUUCCGCGCACCAAGGCCAAGCUAGGCUUCUGGGAUGACAUUACGAGCUUUCAAUGGAUUAUCAAACCCGCGUCGUCAUUCAAGAUCCUUGUUUUCUUUGUGAUUCUCUGGGCUAAUUGGGCGGCACUCGCACCCUACGUGGCGACCAACCUCUCAAACCCUUUUGAACCUUUGCUCUUCAUCUCACACCGGGUCCCCUCAUCUCCCCCAGACGACGCUAGGUAUCAGAAAGGAUACCUCGACCUUGUCUUCAUUGCAUAUCAUAUCGUGUUUUUCUCUUUCCUUCGACAAUUCAUCACCGUCACCUUAUGCCGCCCCGUGGCGAGGUAUUUUGGCAUCCGGAAGCAAGGAAAAAUAGACCGAUUUGGCGAGCAGGGUUAUGCGUUGGUGUAUUUUGCCGUUAUGGGCGCUUGGGGAUACCGCAUCAUGACCCAAUUGCCAACGAACUGGUUUCAAACAAAGUACUUCUGGAUUGGUAGCAUUCCCCUCACUCUUAUCUUGGCAGAUUAUCCUCAUUGGGACAUGAAGCCAGAAUUGAAGCGCUACUACCUCAUGCACAGCGCAUAUUGGUGUCAGCAACUUAUAGUCCUAUUGCUUGGCUUGGAAAAACCUCGCAAGGACUAUACUGAGCUUGUUGCCCACCACUUUGUGACCCUUUGGCUCAUUGGGUGGAGCUACCUCAUUAACCUGACGUUCAUUGGCAAUGCCGUUUACAUGAGCAUGGAUAUUCCGGACACAUUCCUCGCUGCAUCCAAACUGCUCAACUACAUGCGCUGGGAGAAGACCAAAGUUGUAUCUUUUAUUGCGCUCCUAAUCUCUUGGACCUAUUUCAGACAUUGGUUAAACCUGAAAAUGUUAUGGUCAGUCUGGUUUGAGUUUGACCUCAUCUCCGAAACCAACCGGAGUUGGGCUCCCGAGACGGGUGCCUGGCUCACUUGGUGGAUGAAAUACCAGAUAUUUGCGCCUAUACUUUUACUCCAGAUUCUCAACCUAUUCUGGUAUUUCCUUAUCUUACGAAUUGGGUACAGGGCGAUGCUCCAAGCACCUAUGACAGACGUGAGGUCUGACGAUGAAGAUGACGGCGACGAUGGAGACGAUGAACCACUGAUUGACAAGAAAUCUAGCUAACUUACCCUAGAGGCCUGUGCUGAAUAGGUAGCAGCAUAUCACUACUGGUGCAAUAUAGGCGACGCAGUCUUGCUUCGAACGCU